AAUAGAGAGGCAACUAACUCAAAUAUCUUUAAUUUUGAAAAUUAUAUUUUUGAUUUAAUGAUGUGCAGAGAAAAAUCCUUCUCCUGCUCUGUGGAAUCAUUCUUAAGCUUCCUUCAAAUUAUGGUAGUAGUGCUGCUGCUACUUGAUGAUAAAACAUGUGAUGCAAUUACUAAUAACAAUACAAAUUGUCCCCCUUCUUCAUGCGGCAAAAUCACAAACAUAACACAUCCAUUUCGACUUAAGAGUGAUCCAACAAGAUGUGGUGAUAAGAGGUACGAGUUAUCAUGCGAAAACAACAUGACAAUGUUAACUCUGUUUGAGGGAAAAUACUAUGUGAAGGAAAUAAACUACAAAAACUACACAAUUCGGUUAGUUGAUCCAGCAAUUGAAGAAGGUACUGAUUGCUCUUCCAUGCCUCGCUAUUACUUAUACGCUUCUAAUUUUACAAGUAAUUACAAUCCUAGCUACCUCGGGGAUCAAUAUCGAACCUUCCAAAACAGAAUAAUUGAGACUGCUGAUUAUUUUGAAUAUCUCGAAUCUGAAGAGUUGCCAAUGUUCCAGCACGUAAUUUACAUGAAUUGUAGCAAUCCUGUGCGGGAUGAUCCAGUGUACGCGGAUACAGCUUCUUGCGUGAAACCGAAUUCUGAAGGUUAUGUUUAUGCUAUUGCUGGGGACUUGAAAGUUCAAAACAUAAAAGAUGACUGCCACGUGGAGGUUGUUGCGGCGAUAUCUUUUUUUCAUUUUAAUCAUAAUCAAUAUGAAUGGGGAUGGGACAUUCCCAAUCGAAGGUAUUCUUACGGUGAAAUUCAUAGGAUGUUGGUCGGUGGAUUUGAGGUUUCGUGGAUGAGCAGUGCUUGUGAAGAAGUUUGUGGUAACAACUCAAAUUGCUAUUUAAGUGAAAUCACUGGAAUUAUUCAAUGCACUGAUUGGGCUGAUCACUGUGUAACCACACUGGGGUUUCAUGUCAGAUGUGGAACUCCACCAAAGCUGCGAAUGUUUGUGGAAGGUAUUUUGUACGGCAUAGCCAGAGGACUACUUCAAGCAAUAGGUAGGGAAAAAUACGAUACAGCUUUUGGUACUUCUGAAUCUAAAAUUGGAAUUGAGAUAGGAAUAUUUUUGGGAAAGUAUAUCUUGUCAUCAUACAUUGUAGCGAGAAUUUUGUUGGGUCUCAUAAUUUUCUAUACAAAAUUGAUACGUACAUAUCGAACAAGGCAUGCAUCAAUGUAUGAAAAUAUAGAAGAUUUUCUUCAAGGUAACUCUCUCGUGCCAAUAAGGUAUUCUUACAAAGAGAUAAAGAAUAUGACUAAAAGUUUUAAGGACAAGUUAGGUGAAGGAGGCUAUGGUACAGUUUAUAAGGGAACGUUACGCAGUGGACCUUUGGUAGCCAUAAAAAUGUUGGGUAAAUCUAAGGGUAAUGGACAAGAUUUCAUUAAUGAAGUUGCAACUAUAGGAAGAAUACAUCACACUAAUGUGGUGCAACUUAUUGGAUUUUGUGUUGAUGGAUCAAAACGUGCUCUUGUUUAUGAAUUCAUGCCCAACGGCUCUCUUGAUAAAUAUAUUUCCUCUAGUCAGGAUGCUAUCUUUUUAACAUAUAAGCAAAUGUAUGAGAUAUCUCUUGGAGUGGCUCGUGGUAUUACUUAUUUGCAUCAAGGUUGUGAUAUGCAAAUUUUGCAUUUUGAUAUCAAACCUCACAACAUCCUUCUUGACGAGAACUUUAUUCCCAAGGUUUCAGACUUUGGUCUUGCAAAGCUUUAUCCUAAUAACAAUAGUAUUGUCACUGUAACUGCAGCAAGAGGAACAAUUGGUUACAUGGCUCCUGAAUUGUUUUACAAAAAUAUCGGUGGAGUUUCUUACAAGGCUGAUGUGUAUAGCUUUGGAAUGCUUUUGAUGGAAAUAGCAAAUAGGAGAAGAAAUUUGAACUCACAUGCUGAUGAUUCAAGCCAAAUUUUCUUUCCCUUUUGGAUUUACAAUCAAUUGAUUGAAGAAAGGGAGAUAGAAAUAUUAGGAGAUGCUACUGAUGAGGACAAGAGUAAUGUGAAAAAGAUGUUCAUAAUUGCUCUAUGGUGUAUACAAUUGAACCCCAGUGAUCGUCCUUCUAUGGAGAGAGUAAUAGAAAUGCUUGAAGGAGAUAUUGAAAAUAUUAAAAUUCCACCAAAGCCUUCUCCUUAUCCAACUGAAAUUAUUCAAGAUCAUGAAAUUAGCUCUAGAGAAUCUAUAUCGGAUGAUGAUAUCUCUGAGUCAAUUAGUUUUCUUGAAGAAACUGUAGAAGAUCCUUUACUAUAGUAUUGAACUACCAAUGAUACUAUCAAUUAAUUAGUUUUUUUGAGUUUUGAUUUUCAUUGAGUUUGAAUUUCCCAUUACACAUAAAAUUUGCAAGCAUGGGUUAUUAUUUCUUAA